UGAGACACUUCUCUUUGACCACAGAAUGGAAAUGUAUGAUAACGACAACUACUUCUACAGCGAUGACAAUGACACUGACAUGCUGUACAAUUACAGCUACAAUCCAACCAACCUUGGGGAGCACUCCAACUCCAGUCUUCCCCAUUCUCACAUCUACCUGCCACUGCUUUAUUUCUUCAUGUUUUUCUCAGGCUUCCUGGGAAACCUCUUUGUGAUCAUGGUCAUGGGCAGCAGGGGGAAGAGGGGUGGGCGUCUGGUGGAUACAUUUGUGGUUAACCUGGCGCUGGCGGACCUGGUGUUUGUCCUCACCCUCCCACUGUGGGCCGUCUCCUCCAGUCAGGAGGGACACUGGCCUUUUGGGAACCUCCUCUGCAAACUCAGCAGCUACAUCAUCUCCGUCAACCGCUUCUCCAACAUCUUCUUCCUGACCUGUAUGAGCGUGGACCGUUACCUGGCAGUGGUGCGCCUCAUGGACUCCCGCUUCCUCCGCAGCAGCCAGUGUGUGCGUUUCACCUGCGCCGUGGUCUGGCUGCUAUCCCUGGCUCUGGGUACCCCCUCCCUGGUGUACCGUAGCGUACGUACCCCGAACGGUGAACCCUUCUGUCUGGAGGACGAAGAGUCGUCCUUCUUCCUGGGUCUGAGCCUGACCACGGUUUUCCUGACCUUCGCCCUGCCGGUGUUCAUCAUCCUCCUCUGCUACAGCUCCCUCCUGGCCCGCCUGCGCCGACACUGUGUUGCCGCGGGCAACCCCCGCACGGAAGCCCGCCGCCGCCACUCUCUCAAAAUGGUCUUCACCAUCAUUGUGGCCUUCGUGGUGUCUUGGCUUCCCUUCAACAUCUUCAAGACCCUCCUAAUUGGUUUCAGGCUGUCUGGGGCCGAUCUGAGCAAUGAGACCCAGUCUGUCCUGAGUCAGGGCCUCACUCUCUCCUGCUGCUUGGCGUUCCUCAACAGCUGCGUGAACCCGGCCAUCUACCUGCUCCUGGACCACCACUUCAGACGGCAGGCGGAAAGCCUGUUCCUGAGCUGCGUGCGUAAGCGUGGGCUGCACCAGGGCUAUGCCUCGUCCACCGACUUCUCCUACAACGGCACCUCAGAGAGCUGUGGCACAACAGCCUCCAGAACUCGUUUCCAGUCGUUCGACCAGAAAGUCUGAUAGCAGGGUUCUACACAUUUUAUAGCAUUUUUGUAGUCCAAAGCCCUAAAGGUUGAGGUGAAUAAUUUUGUAUUAUGAUUUUAGGUGUUACUGUAUGUAAUUCAAAAGUUCAGUGAAAGCAUUCACUACAAUAUAUUUUAUGUAUAAUAGUUAUUUCAUUAUCAUUAAUAGUUUGAAUUGAUGUUUGCAUUUAUAUUUCUUAUUUAUUUUGCUUUAUUUUUUUAACCGAACAACCAUAUUUUGAAUAUGAUUAAUUCACCAGUAGCCUGUUUAUUAUGAUUGUUAACAUUCGUAAAUUCAUAGUAAUAUUAAAUAGUAAUUUGUUAACAGUCACAUUAAUUUGUUAGUGGUUCCUUUCUGCUGUAUGAAAACUAUUACAAUAAUAUUCUUAAUGGUUUUCCAUGUUCAUAUCAUUAGUAAGAUGAUAUUUUAAGCAUUAUAAAUAAAAAUAAUAUACUCUUUUGUAAUAAAUUGGGUGUUUAUAUGAUUGCUAAUAACUACUUGCUAAUAAAGUCUUUUUGCAGUUUAACAAUGGGCAUUCAGCUGAAAACAUUCCAAAUGAGGUUAAUAUCAACUGUAAUGCUUCGAUUAGAUUUGUGUGUACUUAUUACAGUAAAGCAACACAGAAGAAUUAAAACAAAGUUAAAA